CUACUGACCAUGCACCACAUACACCCCAGCCUCGUACAUGGCGUCCAGAACGUGAAACCUAGCAACCUGAAAGAUGCGAACCAGGACGCCGCCGCCGAGGGGCUCUCCUCUGCCGUAGACUACUCUCACCCGGACAAGAACAACGGCGACGUCCAGCAGGGCAUCCACGGCCACAGCCACCUCGGCGCCCUCGCCGACUCCAAAUGGUACAAGGAGCUCGUGCCCAAGCUCGAGUCCCUCGCCUCCAAGCACCACGUCGGCAAUUUCGUCGCACUCCGUGGCACCAACGAGACCUUCUUCGAGAGCAUGCCCAUCUACGCCCGCCUCGGCAUGCAUCUCCUCUUCUACGGCCACGAGCAGGUCAAGCUGCUCGAGGGGAACAGCCGCAUCGAGGAGCUGCUGAAGGAACAGAGUAUCAAGGAGGGGAAGAUCUACGAUUCGCCGGAGAGCGUGAAGAAUAUCCCGUCGUUUAUCAAGACAUAUGGUAUUAGCUUGGACGAGCUGGCCGAGCCGGAUAUCAGCAAGUACAAGAACUUCAACGAGUUCUUCUCGCGAAAAAUGAAGCCCGACGCACGCCCCGUCGCCAACGCCGACGACCCGCGCGGCUUCUGCAGCGCCGCCGACUGCCGCCUCGUCGUGUACCCGACCGUCGACCUCGCGCAGAAGUUCUGGAUCAAGGGCGACGAGUUCUCCGUCCCCGCCCUCCUCGCCGCGCAGCCGGACCCCGAGAGCCCGCUGUGCCAGUCGCUCUCGGGCGGCGCGCUCGCUAUCUUCCGUCUCGCGCCGAGCGACUACCACCGGUUCCACUCGCCGAUCGAUGCCGAGGUCGUUGCGAUCGGUGAGCCGAUUCCGGGGCAGUAUUAUACGGUGAACCCGCAGGCGGUGAACGAGCCCAAGAUGGACGUGUUCUCGCGAAACAAGCGGCAGGUGCUCAUCCUGCGGCACACGCUCACGGGCAAAGAGGUCGCGUUCAUCGCGAUCGGCGCGCUGCUCGUCGGCAGCAUCGGGUGGACCGUCCAGCCGGGGCAGCAGGUGAAGCGCGGCGACGAGCUUGGGUUCUUCGCGUACGGCGGGAGCACGUGCAUCGCGAUCUUCCCGCCGGGCCUGAUGGCGUUCGACGAGGACCUCGUGAAGAACUCGGAGGGCAGGGGCGUGCCUGCGCCUGCGCUACACGGGAACGGCCCGAUCGAGACGUACGUCAAGGUCGGGAUGUCGCUGGGGAGGAUGCCCGAGGGGGCGUAGGGGGAUGGGUAUUGGAGGUUGACGUUGGAGAUCGGGAAGAUGGGUGAUAUAGGGACUGCUUGAGGGUGGUUUAUGGGAGAGGAACUGGAAAUGCGACAGUGUAUGUAUGUAUAGUAGAUGUGUAACUAUAUCUGACUGGACCUUUUGCAAGGAUUUGUCUGGCACCC